AUAAGGAGUUCCGGGAGUUAAUUGAAGCUAACUGCCUAUGGCAAGUUGCAUGGCUACCUUUAUUUUGAUGUUUUUCGCCGGCCGCCUUCACGGAACUGACGAACAGCAAACCCCGGGUGAUGAACGUACAUGUGUUGCCGUGCACCGGCGAGCUGUCUGUAGCAUGUUUGCUAGAUAUGUAGACAGUGAUGAAAGUGAGGGGGAUGAAGACAGUGACGACGUGGAGUCGGAACUGUACAGCCGGCUUCAUAACUGGAGUAGUGGAUCAGUAAAUUCAGGAACAGAGGAGGAAGCGGACCACAGUGCCUCAGAACAUGGAGACACGGCAAAAGACGUUACUUUCUCAGGAGAGUCCAGGGCGUCCACAUCCAUGGACAGGUCACUCCAUCACCUCAGGAACUAUUCAACCAGCUGCGGCCUUCAGCCAGAGACAAACCUAAGCCUGGAGGUCAGCUCUGAUUUGGAGGAGGACAACGUUGUCGUGGAGGACUGGAUGCUGCUCGGGGGAGCGGAGAUGGAAGGAGAUCAUAACAUUCAGCUGAACCUGGAGUUUUGGAGGAGACACAGCGGGUCGGAGGAAGAGUGUCAAAAGGAAGAGGGUGAUGAUCAGGAUCUGUGGGCGACUUCUGAGAAAGAUAAAAAGACUAUGACGCCCUCUCUUCGUUACUUUACGCCUGGUAUAUUCCUCCCAAACUUCCUCCCGAGGCCAGGAAUCGUCUGCUCGGACUGUCGGAAGACUGGCCACGUGGCUCGAAACUGCCCUGCUUCCAAGAGACGCGUUUGCUGUAUACUGUGUGGUCAGCAAGGUCAUCGCCAGCCUCUGUGUUCCUUGCGUCACUGCCCUGUCUGCGGGCUUCCUGCGGACACACACCUGAAAGGAGUGCAGAGGCCCCCUCACGCAGACCUGGCCCGACCCAGCAGAGCCAGCCGACCGCUACCUCCAUGCCCCCUGCUGGCUCGCUGUAGCCAGCCCUGCCCCCGCUGUGGACUCAGUGGACAUUUACAGGAGGCAUGCCCAGACCUCUGGAGGCAGUACCAUCUAACGACUGAGCCAGGAGCCCCUAAGAGACCUGGCAGACAUAUUAGAAACCCUCGGCCAGCAGCCUGCUACAACUGUGGCAGGAGAGGACACUACGGCCAUGAGUGUUUCCAUAAGAGGAUGCCGGAAGCUUCUGUCUCCUUUCUUCCCCGUGUUUGUCAUUACGACACCGAAGAAGAAAGUCUCAAGCGGCAGACUGCUACGCUCAGCUCAAUCAAAGGCCUGCUGCAGGCGAGGGCUCCCAAGCGGACGUGGCCAGAGAAGCGGCGAGAGCGGCGCGAGACGAAGCGACUGAAACGAGAGCGGGCGAGAGGAGCGUCCAAACACUCGUCCCAAAAAGACGAGCUCUGCUCCUCAUCCCACUACUGGCCCACCAAAGGUGCCGGCGGAGCCCCUCACCCCCGCACCGCCUCCGCCGAGAGGAGGGGGGGCCCCCGGUGGAUGGGCCGCCUCUCAGACAGACGGCGGAAGUCGGGAGGCCACGGCGGUCGGAACCUGUACCCACCGGACUCCUCGUUCUACAGAGGCAAGGCCAAGCGCCGGCGCAGAUAGGACUGGACUGGGUUUGCUCUUUUUUUUUGUAUUUUUUUUUUUUUUAAAACAUUUUCUAGGGUGAGAAUAAAUAAAGUGCCACCAGAGAGUGCCAUUGCUCUCCUCAAAAACAGCUUUGAGAUUUUCCUUCUAUUGUUCCGUGAGUCCGCUUCAGUGUUUACGGGCACACUUAAACCUGCUGGCCUGGGAUCACCAUCCAUGUUGGCAUGGAGAUACAAACUGCCUGAAGGAGGGCUGAUAAAGACAGAAAUGAUGCUGGAGAAAAUAAAUAAUAUUUUAAACCA